CAGCGUUAUCAUCAAGCCGUCAGGCGGACGCGCGGAUGAUGAGCGCAUCAGACCCACUAACCCAUUCAGUGCCGGGACCGAAAUGCGCUGACUCUAUUUCUCUGGCGUUAAAGCACAGGUUGCUGCGGGUCAAUCAGAUUAUUGGGUAAAAAGGAUUGUGACGUCAGGGUUUAGGAAGCGUCGCGUUGACAUGCAAAGCAGAAGCGCUUUCCCCGGACGCGAACAGACCCGAGCCGCUCUCCUCCUGCAGCAGACAGACGCCGGCAUGAGUCCACCAACACCAGCCUGAAGGACAAACACAGCAGAAUGGCCGCAUAUCUGGAGAUAGCUGAUGACAGCAAAGGGCACGAACUGAGUCUUUUCUGUGUGCCGAAACACUACGAGGAGGAUUUGGACAGUGUCAUAAUACCCAAUGGCCUCAUUAAGGACAGGACCGAAAGGUUGGCCAGAGAUAUCGUUCGGGACAUGGGCGGGCAUCAUAUCGUGGCCCUUUGCGUCCUGAAAGGAGGGUAUAAGUUCUUCGCGGACCUGAUGGAUUACAUCAAGACGCUGAAUCAAAACAGCGAUAAGUCUGUGCCACUGACUGUGGAUUUCAUUAGGCUAAAGAGCUACUCGAAUGAUCAGUCUACAAACUGUGUGAAGGUUAUCGGCGGAGAUGAAUUAUCUGCCCUCGCUGGCAAAAAUGUGCUCAUAGUUGAGGACAUUGUAGAGACGGGAAAAACCAUGGAAACAUUGCUCAAACUAUUAAACGAUUGUCAUCCUAAAAUGGUGAAGGUUGUCAGUUUACUAGUGAAAAGGACGCCCAGGAGCUCAGGAUACCGUCCAGACUAUAUUGGAUUUGAAGUUCCUGACAAGUUCCUAGUGGGAUAUGCUUUAGACUACAAUGAAUAUUUCAGGGAUUUGAGUCAUAUCUGUAUAUUAAGUGACAGAGCGAAAGAGAAAUAUAAAGUAUGAUAUGACACCAAAGUGCUGGAUGCAUGAAGACAAAGAUCACUGUGAAUUAUUAUUAUUUUUUUUUGUUCUUGUAAAAUUAUUUUUCUACAUGCCAUCCGAAUAAUGAACUCAUGAAACAUGGAUUCCCAAAGAUAAAAGAUCACACUUAUAGUGUUGCGGUGAAGGAUGAAUGAGAGUGAAAAUGUCUUGCGUUAAGAAUAGUAAUCUAAUUUUAAUUGUCAUUACUGGUGAAGAUUAUGGGCAGAGUUGCCGCUUUUUUUGAUUGUUUGAACUGAAGCCUUAGACUAAUUGGUUUUAUGUUGAUUUUAUGUUCACGCAAGUCCAUUUGGCUAACACAAGUUUGGAUUUAGAGCUAGAUAGUUAUUGUUAUUUAUUAUAUAUUCUCUAGAUAUUGACUCCAGAUUAUAUCCACACGCUGAACGUCAUGAAGGCUUUGGUAUUGAAAUGGAGGUUUUUGAUUAACACAAUAAAAUUACACUGACAAUGUUA